AUGAUCACCUUAGAUAUUUCCAAAAGAAAGACAUUAUCAGUUGCCAUCCCAGUGGUGAUUGGCACAAUACCUUAUUGUCCGUCGCCUGCUUUAAAUCCCUACAAUAUCAGACCACCUCCUUCUUAUGCGGAUAUCAACCAUUAUUAUGAAUGCAACUAUCACCCAAGUAAUCGAGUUGUCAGACCUUCCUUCCCACCUGUUUAUCAAGAAAGUGUUGAUGGUAGAAUUAAUUUACAAGACAGCUCAGAUGAAGAUCGAGAGGUUACUUGCCAACUAGAAUUUGCUCCUCAAUAUCCUAUUGCAUCUGAUAUUGAAUACCAACAAAGUCAAACAUCAACGAUCCAAGAAAAUAGCGAAGCCAGACUAUCACUCCAAGAUAGUGACAGCUCCAUUCAUUUGCUAACUUUACGUCGUACAAGGCCUUCAAAUAGCAGCUAA